AUGUGUUUUGCUCCUGGUUGUGGACGCUGGCCAUGGGGUCACCCAGAACCUCAACUUGCGGCCGAACCCAUCGACAAGCGCUACAUUUACCUUGAUGAGAACGUCGAAUUCUACCCUGACCCUAGGACGCCCUCCUCACAACGCGACCAGUACACCCAUUUCUCCGACAAAAUGCCCAAUUUCUACACCUACCAGAAUCCUUACCCUUCCCAGUUGGCCACUUCAAGUCAAGGUCAAGCGCAUUGGGAAAAUCCAGCAGACUGGCCCAAAACUUACAUCUACGUUACUAAUCAAGACGGUCUUCAGGGAAUUCACCCUCCUGGCCCGGUCUACACAGCGAAUCCACCAGCCCAGUCCAACAUGUUCUACUACCCAGGAGGAGCCGGUACACCUGGUGGAUAUGUUGUGAACGGAGUUUUCUAUCCUACUGCUCAACCUGCUGCCGCAACUCCCGCUACUGGUUGGCCUUCCUACACUUGUUAUCCCCUCCCUGCUGCCCCUGCUUCGACCACUCCUUCGGCUUGCACUGCUUGGCCUUUCGCAUACUCACCCUAUUGCGCAGCACCACAGCCAUUCCAAGUCCCCACCGGUACUCCAUGGACUUCCAGUGCCGCCGCCGCCCAAGUCGCCGCCGUGAUUGCUGCCAAUACCGCGCUUGCUGCAACUCCAAAUGCACCAUCCUUUUUCGUUGGAACCAGUGCCGCCGAGAUUCAAGCCCAGAAUGCAAUUCUUCAAGCCAACCUCUACAAUCUUGCCGCAUCUCAAGCCCAAGCCCAAGCCCAACCAACUCAGAUUGCCCCGUACAAGCCUGGCACUGGCCAACAAUUCUGGUGCAAGGAAGCUGAUGGUAGUUGGACUUUGAGAGAUCAGACUGAUGCUGCAACUUUGGGUGCCGGCCAUUGGGAAACUCAUUCAACCAGUGGCUACCAUUACUUCGUCAAACACGCCUCCUGA